CGAACUGUACAUGAAUAUUUCGUAACCAAGCUGAUGAAAAUUGUGCUGAAAUGUGUCAAAAUGUAGGUACGUGGGGAAGACGAACUUGGAACAAAAAAAGUGCAGGACUUUCUUACUGCUGCGGACUUCAGAAUACUUUAUCUCUUAGCAUAAUUACCAAAAACUCAAUACUUAGGACCGUACCAAGAUGUGUGCCAGUACUUUAUCGUCGGGCCCACUGCAUCAGCUCUUUGCGAGAAAUAGCAAGGGAGGAAAUUGGCAAGAUAAAGGACUCAGGCACAUGGAAGUCAGAGCGUGUGAUCACUUCCAAACAAGGAUCACUGAUAACAGUGGUAGGCCAUCAGCAGCUCGAGAUUCUCAACUUCUGCAGCAACAACUAUCUGGGGCUUGCGAGCCACCCUCAUAUCAUAGCUGCAGCACAAGCAGCACUGCAGAAGUAUGGAGCAGGGCUCAGCUCUGUUCGCUUCAUCUGUGGGACUCAAGACAUCCACAAGGAGCUGGAGCACAAAAUCGCCAACUUCCAUGGGCGUGAUGAUGCCAUUUUGUAUCCAAGCUGUUUUGAUGCUAAUGCUGGAAUAUUUGAGGUUCUGCUCACAGACAGAGAUGCUGUGUUCUCUGAUGAACUAAAUCAUGCAUCGAUCAUUGAUGGACUACGCCUAUGCAAAGCAAGGAAACAUCGUUACCUCCAUCUGAAUAUGUCAGAUCUUGAGCAGCGCCUGAGGGAAGAGAAAAAUGCUCGACUCAAGUUGAUUGUAACAGAUGGCGUGUUCUCAAUGGACGGGGACAUUGCUCCUCUUGACAAGAUAUGUGAACUUGGUGAUAAGUACAAUGCAUUGGUGUUUGUUGAUGAAGCUCAUGCUACAGGCUUCUUUGGUAAGACAGGAAGAGGGACAGAAGAAUACCAUAACAUAAUUGGUAAAGUUGACAUCAUCAACUCUACCCUGGGGAAGGCAAUGGGCGGUGCAUCUGGUGGUUAUACAACAGGACCAAAGGAGUUAAUUGAUUUACUGCGCCAGAGAGGGCGACCAUAUCUCUUUUCAAAUAGCCUUCCUCCACCUGUUGUAGCUGCAGGAAUUAAGGCCUUCGACAUUGUCUUAAACAGCAACAACCUUGCUGAACGUCUGAGACACAACACAAAACGAUUUCGAGAUGCGAUGACCAAAGCUGGUUUCACAAUUGGUGGCAGCGACCAUCCCAUCUGCCCAGUUAUGCUAUAUGAAGAACGCCUGGCAAGUGUAUUUGCAGAUGAAAUGCUUGCAAGAGGAAUCUAUGUGAUUGGAUUCAGCUAUCCAGUGGUUCCUAACGGAAAGACAAGAAUCCGGGUCCAGCUGUCCACGAGUCAUUCAGAUGAAGACAUUGACAAAGCUGUGAAUGUAUUUGUUGAAGUGGGGAAGAAACUUGACGUCAUCUCAUAACACUUGAAAUCAUUCCACCAAGUUUGAAGAACAUUAAGCACGAUUUUCUCAAGGGAACAGAAAAUUGGGGUUUCCUAUGAAACCAAUUACAUUCCAAUUUUCCAAGAACUACAUAGCCUGUAGCACCAGACUAAGCUUAAAUCUUCCAUUAACCACAGUGAAGACACCAAAGUGAUAGAAAACUGACAAGGCAGAUGAUGAAAAUAUCACAAGAAAGCAUUCCCUACACACAGCAGUAUGUCAAUCAAAACUGCAGUAGCCAAUCUUUGGCCUUUAACCCUGUGAAGCUUGAAGUACAUCUGAAUAGUAUUUAAAAAUUAAGUUUUCACACUUCAUAUAAAAUAUACUCUUUAUGAGUGGCCUCUGUAGUCUAGGGUUAA